AUGUCUAUACCAUACACAAACAACAACAAGGCACAGGAAGAUUUGAAACGCCUAGAAAAUGAAAUAACGAAAAUCACAGAAUCUGUAUUAUCUAAACAAGAAGCACAUAGAUCUGAAGCAUUCAAAGAGUUCAACUCAAUACUGACAGCAACAAUAAACAAUCAUGAAAAAAAAUUAAUAAAAAUAGAACCUAGUUGCGUUCCUAAUAUUAUUGAAGAAUAUGUUAAAAUUGUUAAUGAUUUAAAACAAGAAUAUAUGAAACAAGAGCUUUUAGAAAUAUUUAUAACCUCUUUGUUAUCACCAGAGAGCUAUUAUAAUGAACAAGAUAAUAACAUGGUACUAGCAAUACCCAAUAUUAUAGAAUUGGAAAAGAAAAUCCAAGUUUUAAAUAAAUAUGGAAUCCAAGAAAAAUUAAUUAAAAUUGAUAACUUGCGGAAUGAUAAGCUUACUACCAUUAUCACAGAUUUAGAUAAAAGAAAUGGUUGUGUAUUAGACACCUGUUUGAAUGUUACAAAUGUGAUAGAAGAAUGCUGGCUAUUGUUAAACGAGUUAGAUAAAUGUCGCGAUACUUAUUCUUCAAACAUUGAUGAAAGCGUUACCAACAGUGACGACUUAUAUUUAGACCUAGAAGAUAUGAUUAAAGAUUUAUAA